GAGGGGCUGUUGGAGAACUCAAAGCGCCAGUCGCCCGUCGUCAACCAGCAAAGAUGUUGCAUCGCUUCUCGCUCGUCAAAAACCUGGCCGCCGUGCUAGUCGUUUUGGCCUUUUCGGCCGUCCAGCAGGUGCCGGCGGCAGCCGUUGAUGGCCAGCGCAAUCUGGCGCCCACCGCCACCGUCACCGUUCUGAGCACUUCGAUCUUACCCGGAGCCGCCACUUCGACGCUUUUGACCAAAAAAGCCUGCGGUAUCAUCGACGGCGGUGCCGCUACGGCCUGCCGUCGCAAGCGUCAGUACUGGAUCGACGUCCCUAUUCUAAUUGCCCAGGACCCUGAAACGGCUGCCUAUUUGUACCAACAGUUCCAGCCCUCUCCAGUUUAUGCUGUGGAACCGACGCAGGUCGUCCAGUUCCGCAACGGUUUGGAACAGCCGUCGGCGUUCAUCGAUUCCUCGUUGGAUGAGGCCACGUACACACGAGCCAGUGGAGCUCUGAUCGCUCCAAUUAACACCAUUAGGACUUCAUUGCUUGCCAUUGCUACCAGCGUCAUCAACAGUUUCCUGACGCCGGUCUCGACAGCCACCAGCGUCGUCACCGGUUACUCGACGACUGUGACCAGCACCAUUUACACUGCGACCAACAAGUACACUUUGGCCGGAUGCAUUCCCGAGGGAGUAUCCUUCACUGCUUGCUAGACGAAAACGGAAAAAAUAAUAAUUUCCCCGUUAAAUUAAAUAAGUUAUAAUAUCACCCAGUAAUUAUGUAAACUCUUUCGGCAAGUGAACAUUUCGCAAAAGUCUGUAGACGGGGAAAAAACAAACAAUUCAACAAGUAUUGAAAAGAAAAUACAACCAUGUAGAGCAAU